AUGGUGAGAGCCGAAUACCUCAUUGCUGCUCUUCCCCUCGUCAAUGCGUUGUAUAUCCCGCAUGCCGGCGAAGAGCUUGCGACUUUUGACGGCCCCCAGCCUAAAGAACUCGAUGAUGCGAAGCUUCCUUCUCUUGGACGCAAGCCGCACAGAACCCAGGGCCAUUCCCAGCGCCGACCGGUCCACAUGGGCGGUAAACAGAACAAAGUUGCGCCAGUAAAGGUGCCCACCACUAAGGUCUUCCCGUCGGAGAACGGCAAGGCCGAUGUGAUUGCUCCUGUGAGUCAUGAUGGCGAAGAUAUCACUAUCAAGAACAAGUACAUUAUUGUAUUUGACGACUCUGUAACCCCUGCUGAUGUUGCUCAACAUUUCGGCUGGCUCAACGUUAUGCACGCCGAACACAUGUCCAUGAUCGAUGCCAAGCAUCCUUUGGCCUCCGAGGAGUCCACAGGGUUGCUCAAGACUUUUGAUCUGGGUGACACCUUCCGUGGAUAUAGUGGCUCGUUCUUGCCCGAGACCAUUGAAGCCAUCCGUGAGUCUCCCAUUGUCAAGCAUAUCGAGCAGGACUCCAUCGUUCGCGUUUCCGAGGCUUCCGUCGAAAACGGCGCCCCCUGGGGUCUCGCUCGAGUCUCUCACCGCAAGGCGCUUUCUCUCGGAACCUUCAACAAGUAUCUGUAUGAUGCUGAGGGCGGCGAGGGCGUCACUGCCUACGUUGUUGAUACCGGUAUCUACAUUGACCACGAAGAUUUUGAGGGCCGCGCAACCUGGGGUAAGACUAUCCCCGUUGGAGACGUUGACAAGGAUGCCCACGGUCACGGCUCUCACUGCGCAGGCACCAUGGUCGGCAAAAAGUUUGGCGUUGCCAAGAAGGCUAACGUUGUUGCUGUCAAGGUCUUGGGAUCGGAUGGCUCUGGUACCAUGUCUGAUGUGAUUGGCGGUGUAGAGUAUGUUGUCGCUUCGCAUAAGAAGGAGCAGGCCUCCAAUUCUAAGCACAAGGGUUCUACCGCUAACAUGUCGCUUGGUGGUGGCAAGUCUCCUUCCUUGGAGCUCGCUGUCUCUGCUGCUGUCAACCAGGGAGUCCACUUUGCUGUGGCUGCUGGUAAUGAAAACCAGGAUGCCUGCAAUGUGUCUCCCGCUGGUGCCUCUGAGCCUGUCACCGUGGGCGCCACUGAUUUGAGCGAUGACCGCGCCUAUUUCUCCAAUUGGGGUAAGUGUGUUGAUAUUUUCGCUCCCGGUGUCAACGUGCUUUCUGUCGGCACCACUGACCCUACCUCUACGGCUAUCAUGUCGGGUACUUCUAUGGCAUCUCCGCAUAUCGCUGGUUUGCUCAGCUACUUUUUGUCUUUGCAGCCCGACAGUGAUUCCGAGUACGCUACUUCUGAGGCAAUUACUCCCCGCCAGCUCAAGCAAAACCUGAUCUCGUUCGGCACUCCUGGCGUCAUUUCUGAUCUCGACAGCGACUCUCCUAAUGUCCUCGCAUACAACGGCGCUGGCAAGGGGCUCUCUGCUCUCUGGUCUGGUAGCAACGACACUACCGAGGAGCUCGAUGAGGAGGAUGUGUUCACACUGAAGCAUAUCACCGACCUCCUGCUGGAAGAGCUUGAGGCCUUUGCGGGAAAGACCGGCAACUUGUUCGGUGAGCUUCGUGUCGCUCUUGACGGCACGCACCACUAG